AUGGGAUAUAAGAUAUAUUCUAACUCUGACUUAGUUCAAACAGUAACAUGGGCAAACUAUGAAUGGUUCGCUUUGAGAAACUCAGUACAACCACAAGCUAGAGAACAAACAGACCAGUAUGCAACUAUUGAGAAAAUAAGAAGACUUGACCCUAACGUUCCAGGAGUUUAUGUUAACCUUUCUGGACAAACUGCAGCAGCAGUAACCAAAGUAAAACUGAAACUAAGAGUUCCUUUGUCAUCUUUCCUCAUCUUCAGGUUUUUAAGAUACUUGCCAAACUGGGCAGGAAAAAUUUCUAUUGAACUUACUCCAAGCAAAAAUAACUUAGUCAUUGCACCAACACAAGACCCAUUCACUAUUACAGACGUAAAGGGAACAAAUCAAACGUCAUUCGCCGAAUUUUGCAAAGACAAAGUUGACUUAGACUUUGGUUUCUCAAACUUCAACACUGAAGUAAACUAUUAUUUCAAUGCUGCUGGAGAUGCUUGGGACCCAGUUAAGUUCACAUGCGAAAAGUUUGAAUGCAAGAGAAUAGAAAGCAGACUUGCAGUCUAUAUGUUGGACCCAGAUAUUUCAAAUGCUUUAGCUGCCAAAUAUAUUGCAGUUCCACUUAUGUUCCCUAUACACCAAAUAUCUGUCAAAGACUUUGCAGGUGAAGUUGGAAAACAAAAUCCAGGAGCCGCAGGUGCAAGAACAGAUAUUGCUUUAACAACUGCAAUGAAACAUGCAGAUACUAUGUUUGUACUGUUCAGACGAACUAUAAAUGACUAUUCUUGUUUCUACAACCCUGGUAUUAAAUAUCAUAUAAACAUAGAUGGCAAAUAUUAUCCAAGAGAAGAAUAUUCUACAGUUGAGGAUAUGAG